AUGGCCACUGCUGCCAUCACCGCCACCCCGUCUUCUAUACCUCUUUCUGAGGUGCCUUUAGACUCCCGUACGGCUUCUGGAGAAUCCGGCCGUCACUAUACACCCCAACAUAUUGCAGAGGCAGAGGAGCUGCAAGAACCGUACCAGCAGCAGUAUCUCUGGGUUCCUCCUCGCAAAAGAAGACAGACAUCAGAAAGCAGCAACAAUCAUCAGACCGCCACAGCAGUAUCUGUUGUUGAGUCUGGAGCAGCAGCACAGGCUGCUGAGUCUGCUGCAGCAGCUGCAGCAGCAACUGCUGCUGAAUCUUGUGCAGCUCAAGCAUCUGUCACUCACCCCAGUGCAAGCUCUGCUCCCGCCCCGCGGACUCUGAGGUCUUUGGGCGACACUUCGCCGCUUUCGAGUUCUGGAGAUUUCUUUGAAUUUCAGCAGCAGCUUCUAGAGCAAACACACGCCUUCGUUGAAGCAGCAGCGACAGCAGCAGCAGCAGCAGCAGCAGAGGUGGGGAUGCGGCCUGCUGCAGUUGACAGCGUGAGGACAGAUUUAGACAAAGAACGACAGCAAAUGUUGCAUGCAGAUGAGAGAAAAAUGAAGUCGCCUGUACAGCAGACAGCUGGGGGCCCGCAGCAGCAGCGUACAGACACCCCGGCUUCGCAGCUUGAGCUGUGUGAGAUGGUGCGGCACUUGAAAUACUUCUUCUGCUGCUGCUACACAGCAGCAGCAGCAGCAGCAGCAGCAGCUGUCGCAGCCAUAGCAGCAGCAGCAGCAGCAGCAAACCAGACAGAAAAAAAACAAAACACAAACCGCCGAGAGGUAGAUGAAGACGGUAACCUAGCACUGACACCAGAAGAAGCCCUCGCAACAGCAUGCGAUCUGUGGGCCUCAAUGCACCGUCAGCCUCCCUCGCGCCGCAUCGGCAUUCUCGAGUUUCAGGAGCUUCUUCGUCAGCGUCUUUUGGCUCGCAACGGAGUUUUGUAUUUAAUUCCAAACAAGGGUUGCAUGCAGCCAGACGCAUCAGCAGAAGCAGCAACAGCAGCAGCAGCAGCAGCAACAGCAGCAGCAGCAGCAGCACAGCAGCAGCAGAGAAAGGCUGAUGCUGAUGCUCAGAUAAGCAGCAAACAAGACGCCGCUGCUUGGUGGAAAUUUUGGGGCUUCGCGGAGCGGGCGGCGCGGACGGCCUGCAGUGUAUUCUCGGCGAAGGCAUCCGCAGCCUUGCAGCAGCAGCAGCAGCAGCAGCAGCAGCAAGAGAAACAGCAACCGCAGCAAAAGCAGACGCAGAAACAGCAACAGCAACGGGAAGAGCAGCAUCGGGUAGAAUGGCAACAGCAACAGCAGCAGCAGCAGCAGCAGCAGCAGCAGCAAGCGAACGAACAGCAACGAUGGGGUCGGCCUUUUCCUCUGAGCUCCCCCCCACACAAAGGGCUGGUUGCUGCUGCUGCAUAUUCUAGACGCUCCUCAGCAGCAGCAGCAGCAGCAGCAGCAGCAACAGCAGCAGAAGCAGCAGCAACAGCAUCAACAGCAGCAGCUGCGAAAGAAAACAAAUAA